UCAACGUACUUGGGAGAAAUAAUGGAGUACCUUAUUCAGCUGACCAAAUGUGCUAACAGACUUUGGGGAAGUGAAGUGUCUUGAAACAGGGGCAGUUGUGUUAGUCUCUGUUCACACGCUUCUCUGUUCAAAGUAACCAGCACUGUGUGGCUCAGUAGUAGACAGAGAUUUAGUGGAAGAGACUGUCAUUUCAAGGACCAUGAAGAGUUUUUACUGUAUAUCAUGCGGUACUACAGCUCUGUUGAUGAUGCUGAUCUUAGCCUCUGUGAAAGAGAGCAAAUGUAUACCAGACCCUCAGCAGAGAGAGCUCAUACUCCAAGAGGAAGCCUCCAGGCAGGUCGGUGGCAGAGUGGAGCUCAGUGCAGCGGAGCGUCGACUUGACUCAUUCUUGCAUAAACUGAAAGAGCAGGAGAUAAUGGCUCCACAUUUCCCUCCAGCUAUGCAUUUCUUUAAAGCAAAGCCCUACAUCCAAAAGAGUCCUGUGUUUAAACUACUACAAAAAAUGCCAAAAGGUGCUAUCUUACAUAUACACAACGCUGCGCUGGCAAGCGUGGAUUGGCUCGUGAUGAACGUAACAUAUCGGCCUCACUGCUAUGUUUGUUUCACACGGACGGGCCGCGUGCAGUUCUUAUUCUCAGCACGGCAGCCAUUCCUACGUUGGGGUUGCUCUCGAUGGAACCUGUUGGAGAACCUGAGGGCCACCAUCAGUGAUGUACCUGCUUUUGACAAGAGUUUGAUGCGGAACCUCACGCUGUUCACUGAGGACCCCGAUGUGGCAUACCCGACCCAGGAUGAAGUAUGGAAUCAGUUUGAGCAAAUAUUUGUUUCAAUCUCAGGGCUGAUCACCUAUGCACCUGUUUUUAAAGAUUACCUCUACCAAGGCCUUCUGCAGCUCUACAAUGACAAUAUCAUGUAUUUGGAGCUGAGGGCUGGCCUGUCUCAGAUAUAUGAACUUGAUGGCACCAUCCAUGACAGAGAAUGGUCUAUCCAAACCUACAAAAAUGUAACUGAGCAAUUCAAGUUGGAGCAUCCAGAUUUCAUUGGGAUUCGAAUAAUUGUAUCUGUCCAUAGGUUACAGAAUUUGUCUACAGUCACAAAAGCAGUAAAAGAUACCAUAGAGAUGCAAAAACGAUAUCCAGAGAUCAUCGCUGGCUUUGAUCUGGUUGGGCGUGAGGAUGCUGGAAAUUCCAUCUGGUAUUUCCGAGAUGCUCUAUCAGUUUCCACUGCGGUUAAAGCCAACCUUUCCUACUUUUUCCAUGCAGGCGAGACUGACUUGUACGGCACAGAUGUUGACAGGAACAUUCUGGAUGCUCUGUUAUUCAACACUACACGUAUUGGGCAUGGUUUUGCCCUGGCACACCAUCCCCUGGCAAAAGAUCUCUCCAGAAAAAUGGGAGUACCAGUGGAAGUGUGUCCUAUAUCCAACCAGGUGCUGAAGCUGGUCUCAGAUCUGCGAAAUCACCCUGCUGCAAUGUUAAUGUCAGAGGGACAUCCCAUGGUGGUCAGCUCAGAUGAUCCCACCUUGUUUGGCACUGCUGGACUCACCUAUGAUUUCUAUGAAGUCUUUGUAGGAAUUGGAGGUCUGAGUGCCAAUGUAGGCACGCUGAAGGAGUUGGCAAUGAAUUCGAUCAGGUACAGUUCAUUGCCACCAGUGCAUAAGGAUAAGGCCAUGGCCUUAUGGCAGCAAAAGUGGAACAAAUUUAUAUCACAGAAUUCACCAUACUUAUAGAAAGCUGAAGAAAACACUUGAAUGACAAUUUCACAAUGAAAAAAAAAAAAAUUUACCCUAACUCUACACUGAAGCCACAGUUUGGAGUACUGUUACAGAGAUGCUUUGGCCAUUUUCACUAAAUUCUGGCCUUCAGGUUUUCUAUAAGGCUCUAUCACACAGGGCUGGGAGAUACUGUAUAAUGAUAUUCUGAAAUAACAUGAAUUUUGUGAUUUCUUUUUUAAUGUUUGAUUUGAUGUUAAAAUUUUGUACUUAAUCUUAAAAUUUUAAAUUUUUUUUUAUUUACAGAAUUCUUUCUCCUUUUCAGUGUUAAAUAUUUUGUAUUAGAAAUACAAUGACAUUUUCGAAAUAUAAAAGCAAAAUGUAAUAAAAUAUAUUUUUGCAGGCAACAUAAAUCAACAAAUAUUGAAAAAAAAAUGCAACACUACUGCAUUGCUGGCAUAUUGUGUUUCAUAGAAAUGCCUUUUGAGAAUCAUGAUUAUCAUAUUGCUCACCCCUACUAUCACAUACUGUAUGCUCCAUGCCUGCUUACUACAGUUCAGCUGAUAGGAGCCAUGAGGCCCAAAAGUAAUUUCAAGGCAUUGAUCAAUAUCUCUGUUCUUUAUUUUUCGCCUGUGCGAACUAAGAACAGAAUGUUAGUGAGACAAAUUAAUACUACAUUGAAAAUGUAGCUUGUGAAUCAGUUUUAAUCGACAUUAACAUCAAAAUGUAUAACAAAGAGUACAAAUCUGGCCUCCAGUUAAUUAACUUUUGUUGAGUCAUUGCUUGAGUCCUAGUAAAAUUGCUGCAACUGGGAGUUUUCAGUGGUCUUUCUUAACACCUCAAAACUGAGCCUUCCAAUAAAUAUCAGUCAACUUCCUCUAUACAGACAAUCCUAAUUACAUUACAAAUACUGACAAGAAUGCAGAGCAGUGAGCGUUUUUUUUUCCUGAUCUGUGAA